CCAACUAAACACCAGCAGUCCCAAAAUCUCCGAAUCAAGAACGGUCUCGUAGCCGCAAUACGGAGCAAAAUUUCUUUGAACUUCGCUUGAAAUUUGAAAGCGUUGUUCUUAGCUUCAAAGAAUUCAUAGACGAGAAGAAAGAUUGCGGAAUCUAGAACAAUUCACACCGAUUUUUAAGAAAAACGGUGAGAGAUGCAGAGAUUGAAAGCACUGGAAGUAGUGAGAAGAUCUUCAUUUCAACGAUUUAGUUCAUUUUCUAACCUGAAGAGAAGCUUCUCUGCUCUGCCAAACUAUGCUCAAACUGAUGAUCUUUCCGACCAGGUUCUGGUGGAAGGAAGACCGAAUUCAAGAGCAGCUAUCCUCAAUAGACCAUCAGCUCUCAAUGCUCUCACUACUUCUAUGGUAGCCCGGCUGAACAGACUUUAUGAGUCGUGGGAGGAAAAUUCUGAUAUCGGAUUUGUUUUAAUGAAGGGAAGCGGCAGGGCCUUUUGCUCCGGUCCAGAUGUUGUCGCGCUUUAUAAUUUGUCAAAUGAAGGAAAUAUUGAAGACUGCAAGAAGUUUUUUGAGACAUUGUACAAAUUUGUAUAUCUUCAAGGAACUUUCUUGAAGCCACAUGUGGCACUGUUGGAUGGCAUCAUGAUGGGAGCCGGGGCAGGGAUUGUCCUUCCAGGAUUGUUCAGAUUGGUGACUGAUAGAACUGUUUUUUCUCAUCCUGAGGUUCGAAUGGGUUUCCAUCCUGAUGCGGGAGCUUCCUUCUACCUUUCUCGUCUUCCUGGCUACUUAGGCGAGUAUUUAGCUCUAACUGGUGAUAAACUCAAUGGGGUGGAGAUGAUUGCGUGUGGCCUAGCUACACACUAUUCGCUCAAUGCAAGAUUUGCCGGGAUUGAUGAACGCCUUGGUAAACUGAUAACCGAUGACCCUUCUGUCAUAGAAUCAUCUCUUGCUGCAUAUGGUGAUAUUGUUUAUCCUGAUAGGAGGAGUGUUCUUUACAAGCUCGAUGCAAUUGAUAAGUGUUUUAGCCAUGACACUCUCGAGGAAAUUUUGGAAGCCUUGAAAAAAGAGGCUGCACAGUCUUAUGAUGAAUGGUAUUCUACAACACUGAAGUUACUUGGAGAAGCUUCGCCAUUGAGCCUGAAAGUUACAUUAAGAUCUAUCCGUGAAGGUAGGUUUCAAAGUCUCGACCAAUGUCUUGCUCGUGAAUACAGGAUAUCCCUCAAUGGAAUUUUAAAGCACACAUCUACCGACUUCUACGAGGGUGUUCGAUCUCGGCUGGUGGAUAAAGACUUCGCUCCCAAGUGGAAUCCUCCCAGACUAGAGGAUGUGAGUAAAGAGAUGGUGGAUAGCUAUUUUUCACGGGCAGGUGAAUUGCCUGAACUAGAGCUGCCCACAGCAUUACGGGAACCGUUCAUUUGAGGUUUGUUAAGAGAGAGACAUCCAAAUUCAGUCUCGUGGUUUUGAAGCAUGGAUAAUUUCAGUGGACCGACAUUCAAGGCUUGUGAAUAACGGUCAAGGUAUGCUAAAUCCCCAACCAAGACUACUAGAAAUUCAUUUGUCAAAUGUUUUUAGGAGUAUGUUUUCUGAAAAAUUAUUUUAAAUGACAAAAUUUGAAAAUAUUUACAAAAUUAUUAUCAUCUACGAUGGAUCACAAUAUAUUGCUAUUUGUGUUCAUUAUCAUAAGUUGCUAUUUGUGUUCAUUAUCAUAA